AUGGAUUCGGCUAAGAAGGAGGCCCCCGCUGUGAUGCACAAGGAGAAGGCCUCCGAAGAGGACGUCGAUAAGAUGGUCGAAUGGGCCCUGAACAUGAAUACAGCCAAAGCAACAGAAGACUGUUGCAUUAUUUUGCUUUCGUACUUAGCCUUCCUGCGGAUAAGCGAAACGGCGGCGGUUCGUAAGGAGCACCUGCAGGCAAAAGGCGGCGAUAUUUGGUGGCUGCUCAUUCCAAAAUCCAAAACAGACCAGAGCAAAAGAGGUACGGAAGUGGCUUUCAAAGUGCAAGGAAGACGCGCAGUUCUUUGGAACAAGUUCGUCGCGCUGAUAGCCGACAAAUCCCCCCACCAAUUCAUUUUUUCACCAAAGUUUGCACAUCAACCGUCCACCGAUUCUCUCCGAAAACGUAUAGACAAUGUCCUCCAAGGAGCGGGGUUGCUUCAUAAGGGCUUUACAUCGCAUUCCUUCCGAGGAGGUGCAGCAACAGCCGCUCUGAGAAGAGGAGUUAGCUGUGAGGACAUAAGAAGAGUGGGACGUUGGAAGGCUUCGACCUCUAUGCUGCACUACCUAGACCCAACACCCAUAUGA